AUGGCUGAACUGUGGGCGGACUAUAACACACAAGAUGAUAUCGCGAGUCUUGGCAAGAAGGCUGUACCAGGCAAGAAGAAGGGCAAAUCAGCAUCGUUCAUGACGGUAUCCAUGAUGUAUCGUGAAUCUUUGAAUAAAUUGAUGCACAUGCUCAAUCAGACUCAUCCACAUUUCAUCAGGUGUAUCAUCCCUAACGAGCAAAAGAAGAGCGGUGUGAUUGAAGCGAAUUUGGUGCUUAAUCAGCUGACUUGUAAUGGUGUACUGGAAGGAAUUCGUAUUUGUCGUAAAGGAUUCCCCAAUCGCAUGCCGUACCUUGACUUCAAACAGAGAUUUUUCUUCAAAUCUGGUGUGCUGGCUCAUCUCGAAGAACUUCGCGAUGAAGAACUUUCGAAGAUCAUCACCAAAUUCCAAAGCGCCUGCCGACACUAUUUGGCAAUGUGGGAUUACAAGAGAAGACUCGAUCAGAAAGUUGGGUUCAUUGUCGUGCAGCGUAAUGUGCGUGCAUGGUGUACGCUUCGUACCUGGCAUUGGUUCAAGCUGUACGGUCAAGUGAAACCGCUCAUCAAAGGCAACAAGAAGGACGAGGAGAUGGAAAUGUUGGCGAAGCCUAAAGAAUUUGAAGAAAGUCACCAGGCCGAAGAGCGCAAGCGUAAAGAACUGGAAGCGGAGAAUGCACGCCUCCUGGCAGAAAAACAGGCCGUGCUUCUGCAACUUGAGCAAGAGCGGGAUGAAAGCUCUGAGCUAGAAGAACGCAGUGCAAAGUUGCUCGCUCAAAGGCUGAUAUCGAGAAACAGGUAUCAUUACGCUCACAACGCCGAUCUCAACGAUCAGCUGGCCGAUCAGGAGGACCGAAACGCGGCGCUCAGCAAGGCCAAAAAGAAGGUCGAACAAGACAAUGACCUGCUGAAGAAGACGGUGUCUGAUCUUGAAACGACGAUCAAGAAACAGGAAGGAGAGAAACAGAGCAAAGAUCAUCAGAUUCGCAGCUUACAGGAUGAGAUCGCGUCCCAAGAUGAAAUCAUUUCAAAAAUCAACAAGGAGAAGAAAUAUCAAGAAGAGGUCAAUCGCAAACUUUUGGAUGACAUGCAAGCACAAGAAGACAAGAUAAAUCACGUUAACAAGAUCAAGGCAAAGCUCGAAACAACGUUGGACGAGAUCGAAGACACGUUAGAACGUGAGAAACGCAGUCGUCAAGAUGUCGAGAAACAGAAGCGAAAGGUUGAAGGGGAGCUGAAGAUCGCGCAUGAGACAAUCGAAGAGUUAUCACGUCAAAAACACGAUCAAGAGAAUGUGAUCAAGAAGUGA